UGUAACUGUGGAAAGGUGUCUCUGUGUCUGGGGGGGUCUAAAGAAUUAAGCCAGUCCUCACUGAUGUCAUACAUUAGACAUCCAUCAACACAAACAUGCUUAUGGUUUCGUGGGCGGGUAGCUACUUAACAGGUUAGUUCUGAUUCUUUGUAUGGCGUCUGUCUCCACCUUGUUUUCAUCCUCUUACAGUAAGUGUUUGUGCCAUAGGAGAGGAGUGAAGGGGUGCUGGGCAGACCUGCAGACAGCACCAUCCAUCAUGGCAUCCUCCAUGAUUGGGGACGUUAUUGGUUUCUUCUCUCACGUGUAUAACCUAAUCAAGCAGAUCCACAGCACCCGGCCCAAGGUCCACAAGGAGCGUGUGCAGCGAUUGAAGUCCCGGAUUUCGGUUUUACACGAACAGCUGCAAAAAGUAAAGGAUGUCAGGUCGGACUCUGUUCAUCUGCAGCAGACACGGGUCCAGCUCGAGGAGGUUCUGCAGGACGCUCUGAAUCUGAUGAGGAAGAUGGAGGAUGUUGGGUGGAUCAAGCGCGUGGUUAAAAACUCCUCCAUAGACAGUGACUUUGCAGAUCUAAACCAGCGCCUGAGUCAGGAGUCUCUGUCUCUCGUGCUCUCGCUCAACAUUGACGCCCUAGCCAUGCAGCAGACCUUCAGCGAGGACAGGAGGAAGGCAGAGGAUGAGAAAGACCGAGCUGCAGAUAUGAAGUUCCUGGAGGAGAUGAAGGAAACUCUUCUCUCGGUGAAGGACAACGUAGAAGAGAUCAAAGGCAUUGUGAUAGAGACCAAUAACAUGAUGAAGGACUUAAAAGCAGAACAAUCCAAUGCUCCAGCGUCCCCUGAACAGGAGACACCUCCUGCUCCCUUAAAAGCACAGGCUCCACCUCCCAUCCAGGCGUUCCAACAGGCCCCGGCCUACACACCGGCACGUCCACAAGUAUACCAACAGGCCCCGGCCUACACACCGGCACCUCCACAAGUAUACCAACAGGCCCCGGCCUACACACCGGCACCUACACAAGUAUACCAACAGGCCCCGGCCUACACACCUGCUCCUACACAAGUAUACCAACAGGCCCCGGCCUACACACCGGCUCCUACACAAGUAUACCAACAGGCCCCGGCCUACACACCGGCUCCUCCACAAGUAUACCAACAGUCCCCGGUGCUCCAGCCAAUGCCGGAGUUUCAACAGCAACAGACCCAGGUUGUGAUUGGUUCUGGUGACCUGGGUGACGUCCCCACCAUGACCACGUGUCAGCACUGCGGAGAGCGGGUCCAAACCAGAGUGGUGUAUCACAGCGGCGCCUUCGCCUGGCUGAUCUGCGGACUCUGCGUCGUGUUUGGGAUGGUGUUCGGCUGCUGUAUCAUCCCUUUCUUCAUGGACAGCUGCAAAGACGCUCACCACUUCUGCAGCAAAUGCAAUGUUCAGCUGUGCGUCCACAAGAGGAUGUAGUUUUCACACAGACACACGGAACUAACCCCUAACCGUACACACCUCAUGUAACUAGUCAUCCAAUAAAAGAGUUGACAGGAACUUGGCUUGUGUCAGACUCACUGAGGAGACACAUGACAGAACACUGGGUGUACAUUUAACAGUCAAUCAAGGUAAACACGACCGCCAAGGACACACUAGCUAAGACAUGUACAAAGGGACAUGCUCAGACAUUUUGGAGGACGGGGGCUCAAGUGAAAACAGGACACUUCUAAUAAUGAUGAAUUAAAAGAAUUAAACUAAAUGUUAAAUAUAUCAACAAAA